AAUAAAGUAAAUAAAAUAAAAUUAUAUACUAAUAAUAGGUGGAUUUAACAUUUGAAACAAUGGGUUAAGGUUCCUGAUUGGAAGAGAUUGAAUCAAAAUGCUAGAUUUACUCCUUUCAUUUCCGUGGACUAUAUAUAACCCUACAUUGUCGGUCUAAAUCUCUAUCUUUCUCUUCAAUUUCAAUUUCCUCUUUCUUUCCGAGAUGAGUUUGAACAAUGAGAAGAAUCACUCUUCAUUACCAACUAGUAAUGGUAAUGGAAUAGCUGUUGCUGCUGCUGAGAAUGAGAAUGAGAAUUCAAAGAAACCCUUCAAGAUCUUUGUAGGUUAUGAUCCACGUGAAGACAUUGCAUUUCAGGUAUGUCGUCAUUCAAUCAUCAAAAGGUCUUCAAUUCCUGUUGAGAUCAUACCAAUUAAGCAAUCAGAUCUGAGAAAAGCUGGUCUUUAUUGGCGUGAAAGAGGUCAAUUUGAGAGCACUGAGUUCUCUUUUACAAGAUUCUUAACACCUUAUUUAGCUAAUUAUCAAGGUUGGGCUUUGUUUGUGGAUUGUGAUUUUCUCUAUUUAGCUGAUUUUAAGGAAUUGGUAGAUUUGAUUCAAGAUGAAUAUGCUAUUAUGUGUGUUCAACAUGAUUAUGCUCCAAAAGAGACAACAAAAAUGGAUGGUGCAGUUCAAACUGUUUAUCCUAGAAAGAAUUGGUCUUCAAUGGUUUUGUAUAACUGCGGUCAUCCUAAGAACAAGAUUCUUACUCCUGAUACUGUGAAUUCUCAGACUGGUGCUUACCUUCAUAGGUUUCAAUGGCUUGAGGAUGAUGAAAUUGGUUCUAUACCUUUUGUUUGGAAUUUUCUUGAAGGGCAUAAUAGGGUUGUUGAAAAUGAUUCCACUACUUUACCUAAGGCUGUUCAUUAUACUCGUGGAGGGCCCUGGUUUGAGGCUUGGAAGAAUUGCGAAUUUGCUGAUCUAUGGCUUAAUGAGAUGGAAGAGUACAUGAAACAGGCCAAAAAAGAAUCUGCAUGAAUCAUGAUGCGUUUUCGAUGUUAUAGGAUUGGUAUCUACAUGAAUAUGAAGCAUUUCGAUGUUAUAGGAUUGGUAUCUGCAUGAAUAUGAAGCAUUUCGAUGUUAUAGGAUUGAUAUUUGUAUUAUUCUUAAUUUCAAAUUUGUUAUUGUGUAAGUCUGUGUAUCUGAUGAUGCAAUUAUGAGAAUAGGAGGAGUAUGAAUGUUGCUAGUUCAUAUCAUCUUAUGUAGUUAGUGUUCUAUUACAAUGGCAUUUUAGAGUGAGUAAAAAGCCGUUCAUGAUGUAUUUGAUUUUUUAUUUGUUUUUAAUGACCUCUAUAGGCUUUAAUAAGAGGUCUAAGUAUAACUUUGUAUCGAGUAUUUUAAUCAAGAAAGUUUUAAUGUUACGAUUA